GCGAAUCUUCAUCUUGCUGCAACCAUGUCUAGCGGUGUACUCGACCCGACGAGCCCUGCCUACAAGAAGGCGCGGAAGCAAUAUCUUGCCUCCACGAAGAGCCGGGACAAGGCCAUUGAGCAUGAUUGGACUCCAUUCAGAGUCGCUGAGAAACGAUUCAGAGCACGAUUUCCCCCUCCGGAUCUCUCAGACGUGUUGGACCUGGCUUUGCUGAAUGAGACCCGCUCGAGGGAAGUGCAAGAUGGGAGGUGGAAGGGCACUGCACUCUCGGGAUACCGCGAGGUGCCAUCUAUUUCUCCCUCCGCCGACGUCGCAGCCUACGCCUUGACCGAUCAUCAUCCUGGUAGGCGUGAAUCUUCCUCGCCGCGACUGUUGCUACAAUCGUCGAAAUUAGGGCUAGUGAUCUUGCCCGGAUUUCUUUCGCCGGAGAAGCAGAGACAGCUCAUCCGCUGGUGUUUAGCGGACCACUCGAAGCAUCCUAAUCCAACCAACCUUGACGUCCACUACGCCAUACCUGAGGAAGGACUCUGGUCUCUCUGCCGACGCCGUGACAACGGAGAAUCACUCCACGUCCAACCCCUCCGAGCCGGAGACACCGAGACGAUGCCGGAAGAGGUGGGUCCACGGCAGCUGAUCAACAACACAGCAGUCAGCGCAGCGAACUUCGAGGAUCUUGCUACGGCUCAGAAACUGCCCGCUGCCCCGUCGGCAAACGCGCGGGAGACCACUCCGGAGGCUCUGCUGCCCAAGUUGCGCUGGGCCAAUCUCGGCUGGUUUUACCAUUGGGGCACCAAGCAAUACGACUUUAGCCGGGUCACGAGCAAGAUCGACCGCCUGCUCGCAGACGAGUGCCGCAGGGCAGUUUGCAGUGUCGAUUGGGACCAGGUGUACGAUCUCGAAGCCGGUCUAGACUGGGGCGAGGAAGAAGCCGGGUGGAAGACCUGGGCUGAUGAUUAUGAACCCGAUGCUGGAAUCGUCAACUUUUAUCAAACCAAGGACACACUGAUGGCGCACGUCGAUCGGUCCGAAGUCUGUGCAACAUCGCCUCUGGUCUCAAUCUCGUUGGGAAACGCAGCGAUAUUCCUGAUCGGCGGCCAUACUCGUGAUUCCGAGCCCGUUCCCAUCCUACUGCGUUCCGGAGACGCUGUGAUCAUGUCUGGACCAGUGUGCAGAAGAGCAUACCACGGAGUGCCUCGGAUCUUGGAAAACACACUGCCGGCCCAUUUGGGUCCAGCAGACGACACAGAGUGGACAGCAUUCGCCAAUUACAUGCAAACAACACGCGUAAAUAUCAACGUCCGACAAGUGUUUCCGCGGGGCUUCAAGCCAUGAGAUCACGGCAUCAACUUGAUGCUCAAUUUCUGCAUCCGUUUUAACCGACUGUCCAAUAGUGACCGGAGCUGCACAAGCCCAGAGGGGGGUGGUGCACCCGGUGCCGUUUCCGAGGCAGCCAGGAGGACUUGAUCGACCAGUGUGUAGGGCAACCAUGUGACUGCGGUCUGCUUUCCUGGGUCCUGGGACACCUGCGCAUCCGCCUGCGCGCACGAUGAGUACUCGAUAGCCGCAAAAGACCGGCGGAAAAUAGACCUUUUUUAUGAGGGCGAUUGUGUGCGCUAUAGACUCGUCCAGCUUGUCGUAUUUUAGAUGGAUGCGGAUGAGAUAUUCGGGGUGAUGCAGCUAUCGCCAGGUCAAUGAUAAUUCCAAGAUUUUACGC